AAUUGUUCGAUUUACUCUGAGAAUUUGAUUUGACUUACGGUUUGUUAGAUGAAUUAGAGUGGGGUUAUAAUUUUGGUUUUCAUUUAAUACUCUGUUUUUCACAUUCGUUUUGUGGAAAGCCUUUUUAUUCUGUUAAUAAUUUGAGUGCAAUUUUCACCUUCGUUUUUGUUUUACUUCUCCCACACCACACCACCCUUCUUCCUCCUUCCUGUCACACGUUUCCAUCUUCUCCCAACUAACUUCAUUUUCUCUUCCUUUAUUCAAUCAACAUUUUCCAAAACAGAUAACCAUAUCCUAUAGCACUCACUGAAACAGAUCCAAGGCACAUAAACCCUUAUCCCCAAUUUAAUUUUUCUGUUUUUUAUUCCUCAUACUAAUUAUGCAAUUUGUUGUUGUGCAGCUGGUUCUCAUGAUAAAUCCGAGAAGGAGAAGAAGAAUAAUGAUUUUGAUACUCCAGUCUCUAAAUCUGUUUGUGCCCACCUGGUAAUCCUUUUAUUCCAAUAUAUUAAAAAUGUUUAUUAUUCCUCGCAGGAACAUCAUCUACAGAUCAUGGACGUUUGUUUUAGCUUUUAUAGCUCUAAUCAGUGUUCACAUAACUCCAAUUUAUAUGGCUUUUUUGAGCAAGUCCGCGCUUUCAGUAUUGGAUGUCAUUAUGAAUGUCAUUUUUUUCAUGGAUUGGGUUCUUGGGUUCUUCGUUGCUCACGAGGACAGUACCACACAUGCACAAAUGGCUAGGAACUAUCUUUUAAGGAGUUAUGGAAUCCCCGACUUCGUUUCUUUAAUUCCUGUACAACUAUUCCUAUGGCCAUCCAGUAAUGUGGUAUACCUCAACAUGGUAUACAUCAUAUUCAUCGUAGUUCGCCUUUGGCGUUUCAGGAGAGUUAUAGUUUCGAUUUCAUGGUUGGAGGCAAAAAAUCCAAAAUGGUUUGAAUGGACUCCGUUUAUAAAGUUUAUCUGGGUAAGCAUCUGACAUGUUAUGUUUAUAACAUUCUAAAAUAAAAUGUAGAUUUAAUGACACGAAGAC